CCAAUCUGAAGGAUGUUUUAAAAUAAAAUGGGUAAAACUCAUAAACGGUUGAGGAGAGUUUGUCUAAAGGCUGGGACCCUCCAAGUUAGUGCUGGAGAACAGGUGCUUCAGACAGAUGACCAUAAUGGACCAAGGCUGCCAGCACUGGUGGACUGCCCCAAGAACAGCCCCCUAAAGAACUUCGUGCCGAAGCCCCCACGAGGCCCCAGGCUGAGCGGUCAGGCCAAGAUGGCCAAGGCCGAAAAGAACGCCAGAGAGGCCGUGGAGUCCAGAAAGGACAGAGAGGCCAAGGCAGCGGCGAAAAAACCAAGCCACCAAGUAGUUGGUGUGUUGGCGCUGCCUCCACCUCUUCUAUCUCCAACAUCCAGUUACAGUGUCCUGCCAGCUAUCAAGAACACUAAAGUGACGAAGGUGGAGACAACAGUGCCACCAGGCCCCAUGACACCUGAGGAUGAGGUGAGAAUGAACUCCUCUCCAUCUGUUGAUGACCCCCUUACCCCAGAGACCCCAGAGAGUGAUGUCACCUCCGAUGCCACUUCUCUGGCGGACACACCCCGUGAGAUGACACCUGAGUCCUAUGCGUUCCUCCUGCCAGCGAUAGCUCUGCUCAGGAUCUCCAGUCCAGAAUCAUCCAACUGCUCCUUCCGGGGGUCAGGGGUGCUGAAGAUCGUCUCGGAGACGUUCCACCGGCAGAGCUCUGAGCCAAAGGGGAGGCUCAGGGGCGGGCAGCCCCCCACGCCCAAUUCUGAGACAGACAAGGAGCUUCAGGCUACAGCAGACAUGGUUGUGAGUAAUAUCCUGAGGAAUGCCCAGGAGGACCUCUUCUCCUCUGGUAUGAAUGACCUGGAGACCACCAAUCAAGGCAUCGCUCUGACCGAUGAGAGGCUCUCCAGCUGCUCUGGGUCAUCACAGGGAUCGAGCCGGUCCAACAUGCCAGAGCUGGUAGAGUGUGUGGAUGCUCAGCCACUAUCUCUGGAACAUCCACGUGUGUCCUGCUCCAACAGAAGCUCUGGGUCCUCACAGGGAUCGAGACGGUUCGACCUCUGUCAUCAGGCAGUGGAGAUGGAGAGGGUUUAUCUCCAGAGAGACACACCCCACUCCAGUGUCAGUGUGAGAGAACUGGGGCCAGUGAGGAGGGCCAAGAGAAGGGAUGUCCAUAAAGCCCUCAGUGAGGGGUCCCUCAAUGUCUUUGCCCUGUUCAGGGAGAGGGCAGGGGAGAUUUGGCAGACCAGCACAUGGGACAUGGAGCAGACCCAGCCUCCCAGCACCCCCACAUCCAGCGAGGAGGAUUUGUGGGACAGCGACUCCAGCUUGUCUCAUGGGGUUGGGGAGGAGGAGAGGGGCAGCUCCCUGAUCCUGACCCCCCAGGCCUCCACCUCACUCUCUGAUCAAGACAAGAGGGCACUAGAGGACGUCUGCCAGAUCCUGACCGCCUGGUUGGAAAAGAGGCUGAACAGGACCUGCAACGACAAUUACAGGGCCAGUGUCAUCAUCCAGAAAGGAUUGGAUUCUGGUGCCAGGGACAGGUUCCCUUACACUCAGUGUCCUUCUUCGUCAGAGGAAGUUGGUCCGAGUGUCAUGACUGUCUUACACUCAGAGCCCUCCACCUCAACCAAGGCAGCACGGGCAGCUCCUGCACAGACCCUGGAGUUCAACCCCUGUCUGGAUGAAGAUGAGGUGGUCCCCAGCACCUCCAUGGGUGCGGGAUUCCUGACGACCACUCAGGCAGCAUGGGCAGCUCCUGCCCAGACCUUGGAAGAAGAGGUCGGGGGAGCUGAUGUCUCUGAGGUGAGUACCAGCUCCCUGACCCCCACUGAGGCCAGGCAGGGCCUCCUGGGGAAGAUUCCCUCUCUCCUUCCGGGUGAGAUCCUCAUCGAGGACUGCAUGGCAGAUACCAUCGCGCACGUCAUAGGCGACUACGCCCAGGACUGGAGUUCUGACGGCCAUUUUGGAGCGAGGAGGAGCCUUGGUAGUGGGAGGUCACGCUCCUCCUCAAGCUCCUCAAAGAGUGACAUCACCCUCACAGAGGAACUCUUGGCCCAGGGGGAAACCCUAGAAGAGGACCAAGAGGAGGUGGCUGCGAUCGACGACAACAAGAAAUGUGACUCUGCUAGCUUGGAGAAGGCCAGCAGCAGCUCCCUCUCCGCAGACCUUGUGGACAGCACCUCCACACAGACAGUGAAGGAUGAGGCUGUGAAGGAAGUAGUGAGGAAGUCAGGAGAGGGGAAGCGAGGUCGCAAGAAGACCCUGAAGAAGAACAAGGUGUCUCCCCUUGGCACUGAUGAUACCGUGGCUGAUGAGCCGGGGAAAAAACGAUCUCUCCUCCUGAGGAUUACAGCUGCCCUGGCAAAACUAUUUUGCUUCCCCUGCAAAAAGAGAAGCGGCAAAAAGUAGUUGUGUGGGUAUACCCACUUAGAGCACUUCAGUGCACUUGCCUCCUCUCCACAAACCCAGAGUCAACUCACAACCCAUUUGAUGAUUCCAACCAUACCCCCACGCUAUUGUGGCGAGGGAGCCAUCUGUUGCAUGGCGGACACCAUCGCACACGUCAUAGAUGACCAUGCUGAAGAUUGGAGCUCUGACGGCCAUUUUGGAGCCAGGAGGUAGUAGUGACAUCACCCUCACCAAGGAGCUCUUGGCUGAAAGGGCCAAGGAAGC